AUGAAAGGCUGGAGAGCCUAUAAACCCAACAAAUAUUUUCUUCUAGCAACGGACGAUGCUACUAGAGUCGAUUGGAUACGAUAUAUAAAGGACAAAACAGCUGUAACAGUGGUACCGAUACUGAUAGAAAUUAUCAAAGAUAUUGAAAAGGAAAUAGGAGAGAAAGUGACAAUUAUUCGUACAGACAAUGGAAGAAGCGAAUUUGGCAUUGCCUUUCAGAAUAAACUCAAGAAACUUGGGAUUCAAUUUGAACCCUCUCCUUCAGGAAAGUAUUCAAUAAAUGGAGUUGCUGAGAAACAUAUUCAAGAUAUCAGUGCUAGGUCCAAGAGUUUACUUAAUCAAGCAGGUAUGCUAGAAGAUCAAUGGGAACUUACUACUCGUUAUAUCAUCUGGCUUUGCAACAAAGCAUUUACGAAAGCUUUAUCAUUUGGAGAAUCAGGAUCUCUUUCUACAGUUAUCACUCUAUUUGGAGUGUAUUACAGCAGAUUACCUGAUUUCAUUAAUCUACAAGUAUUCAGUUACAAAGUAUUCGCUCUCAACCUUCAAUUCCCAGGAAAAUUAAUAAAGAAAUUCGAAUCAAGGAUUUUAAAAAGAGACAACGUAGAACUAUUGAAUACUACCUGCAAACACCGUUUGAGAAAGAUUUUCAGUAAUCAAGUUGUACAAAAAGUAAAAGCUUUGAAAGUUGUUAUUAUCGACACUGAAAACUCUACUCUAACAGAUGAUCCAGAAGUGCCUCUUGAGGCAAUAGAACUAGAAGAGGCUAUGCGUGAGGAUCGUAAGCAAUGGCUAAAAGCCAUUAAGUCAGAAUUGACUAGCCUUCAGGAGAAUGGCACAUUUCAAAUUAUACAAGGGAACGUCCCAAAGGGCAAAACAUUAAUAACUUCUAAACUUGUUAUCAAAGGCUAUCUACAACAUGCUGGUAUUGAUUUCAAAGAGACAUUUGCCGGAGUUGGCAGAUACUUUACAUUAAGAACUUUAUUGGCUAAAACUACAGUAGAGGAUUUAGAGAUUGAUAAUAUGGAUGUUGAUAUUGUGUUUCUCAAUGAGAAACUAACAGAUACAAAAAUACUAAUGGAAAUUCCACAGUUCUUUGAAGAGGUAUUCCCAGAAAUUAAGGAGAUGCUACUAAAAUCCUUACAAGGAACUAAGGUUUUCUUGAAGCUUAAAAAGUCACUCUACAGCCUUAAGCAAACACCAAGAAUUUGGUGGCUGGCAGUCAAGAAAUUUCUGAAAAAUAUAGGACUCACAGCUUCUUCUGCAGAUCCAAAUCUGUUUAUUGGAAAUGGAGUAUACAUUCUUCUCUACAUGGAUAAUCUACUAAUUAUUGGAAACCGAACAAACAUUGAUAAAAUCAAAACGAAAAUCAGUGCAAAGUGGAAAUGCAAGGAUUUAGGCCCUACCCGAAUGUUUCUAGGUCUUCAAAUCGAAUACAAUAGGCCUAAGAGAACUAUAAAGAUUCACAACUCAAACUAUACGAAAAGAAUCCUUUAA